AAACCAUGGCCAGCUGGGCGAAUCGUCCUCCAAUCGAAAGCAACGGCGGUGGUGGUCCAUCAUCGUCACGCAAGAAGUGGAACCUCGAAGAUAAAAAGUCACUGCGAAACCUAAAGUAUCACUUCGCCGAAGAUGGUUGCUCGGAAGUGCAAUUCACGCUGGCCAAACAGCUGCUGGAAGAAAACUCCGAAACAGAUCCAGCACACAAUCACGCCCAAGGCGUACACUGGUUACUGCGUGCCGCCCAACAAGGACACGAGGCAUCGAUCGAGCUGUUACGGGAAUGUUACGAAAAUGGUCGCGGAAUAACGGAGGCGAACGAGGAAGACGUACGCACCAUCUUGGCGAUGAGUCCGGGCGAACGAUCGGCACGUCGUGCCGCACAAGAAUUGUUUGCCAGCCUUUCGAAUGGCGAAGAAUACGUUACGGCUGCUCAGCUCGAGAAGCGUAUGCGUGAGAUUUAUAAAUUGGACAAAAAGCGUAGCCGAACUCCAGCGGAUGGUGCCGAAGCGGAAGGAAGCAUGGAGCACAGCUUGGGCGCUGGUCCUUCCGGUUCCGGAAGGGUGCAUGCGGAUGGUUCACCCAUCGGUAACCCGAACGGUGGUGGACAUCGAUUACAUCGUAGCCCCACUGUGAACCACAUUUCGGAAGCACAUCUCUUGGCAGCCGCCGUCAAUUAUUCAAACGGACAUCUCCCGGCAGUAAGUGACGCGUUGAUGCUGUCAGUGCCGGAUCCACACAGCUUGAAUCAUGUGCCGUGUUUCCAUCGACCGUUUUUCCAUCCGUUCAUGUUUUUCCAACUGCUGUACCAUCGGUUUGUAUCGCUACUUUCCACGUUUCCUGGUUCGAGCGGUAGCAGCUGGAUGCAGCUGUGCCUUAUCCUUGCCACUUACUGGUACUUUGCGAGUGAUAAUCUCGUCUCGCUUUUGCCAGUCGGUGGAUACUAUCUGAGCCUCGCCGUAAUGGUACUUUGUAGCUUUCGGAUGCUUAAAUCCAAGCACGAUUUCAUUGACUUCCGGAUGUGGUCUGGACUGUUUCUGCGGUACGGCGAUGAGCAUUUGAACACAAACGAUUCGGAAAAUCAGUAUCUGCGCAACAACCUGAAGCCAUACUUUUAUUUCUUCACGGCGUUCUUCAUCAACAUGGUGCUACAGCCGAACAUUAACGACCAGUGGUUACCAUUUUCCGAGAUCACCGUGCUUGCCUUCGCACUUACCUUUCUGACGAUGUUUGCGUUUAUCUACACCUCGGGCGAUUCCUUUCCGGAUUACUUGAUACUGUUCUCGUUCGGGUUGAACGUGCUGGCCAAAUACCCGUACGAAAUGGAUGAUGUCGUGACGACUGGUUGGCGUUUUUUGGAUCUAAAAGUACCCGGCUUCUCUACAUUCGUGAUUGGCAAUGGAAUUGAAUUUUGUUUAAACUGUCGCGCAAUGCUUUAUCUAAUGAUUCCGGGCUUUUUGAUGUACAUAGCGAGACGAAAUGACUGGCGAGGCAUCUACCAGUAUCUGAUUCCUCACUGCGUGACCCUCGCCUGGUUGCAGAUUUGCAUCAUCAGCUCCCAAUCGGCUACAAUGUUCGGCUUAGUUCGGGGCGCACUCGGACUAUCCGGAUUGCUUCUGUUUCUUCCACUAUUUGGUAUUGUAACACUGCUGAUACCCGUGUUUGCCGUCAUCGAAUGGCUUUCGCUGACGGAUUCUACGGUGAGGCUGUGGUCGUCCAUUGCAGCAGCUGUGACGGCCAUUGCAAUCUCCGGCUAUAUGGCAAGCUCUCGGCGGACAGAAAGAUACAUCACUUUCCUUCAGAUCGCGAUUUGUGUAAUUGGAACAGUUUUUCUUACGCUGCCUCAUAUGAUGUCUAACUUCGAAACGAUUGGUGUGAAUGAAAAUCGUCUGUUCGAGACGACUGCGUCCGAAUUGCUUGGAGAUCAUCGUGAACAAAGCGGUGGGAGUGACUCGCUUCCCUCCAGUCUCAGUUGGGAUCUGUAUUACAAAUUUUGUCACCAGCCAGCCUGGGAUACGGAGAAUAAGGUGAAGACACAGCUACGUUGCACAAAUCUGGACGGUACGUUUGUCCGCUGGGAAGGUGUUGUGGUCGAUAUGGCCAUCUCCAGUCGACGAAAUCUUCGUGCACAGCUGAUCGACGGAUAUUUACCCAAGUUUCUGGCUGAUCGGAUCAACUGCUUCUACGGUGAACCGAUCGAACCCGAUUGCGGCAAUCUGAACGGAUCGGUUGAAGGUGAAUGUGAGAAUUUGAAACAUUUCAUGCAACGGCAGCGCACGUGUCAUCUCAACAAAUGGAAUUCCUACGAGUAUGAACUGAAAGUACGGAUGUCGAACGGGCUCUUAACGAAACCAGUGGAAGUUAUACUAAAAGCGCAGCACGGCUUCGGUAACUUCACCCAAAGCCUUAACUACUCCGAUCGCAUCUGGUUUGUGGGUGUGCUGCGGGAUUCGGCCCCCUCUGGCCACUUGCCAACCGGCACCACCGAUCAAACGGGACACUGGGACACAGUAAGUAGUGGAUUCAACCUAAAUCUAAUGGGCGGACCUGCUGCCAGUAGCUUCGGAGUGCACAAUAUGCGAUUGGGACGCAAAAAUCCGUUGAUCGAGUUGCAUUCCAUUGGCUGUCGUCAGUGCCGCAAUCCGGACCUGCCGCCCGUCCACAUAAACGAAGGUCUAAAGGUAAACGGUCGAAUGCGGGAUUUAUUGCGCGGUGUAAAGUAUCUGCUGAACGUAAUAUUCAACCCGCUGGUAAUCUUCAAGUAAAAUGU